AUGUUUUCCUUCACGUCGAAUCUCCCUUAUCUUGACAAAUUUCAAAGGAUUCCUUCCGUAGUCUGCGAAAGAUGUGGCCAGUUCAGUGGUCCGGCCUUGGAGCACUCCUUGUAUGUGACGCCGCCGACUCUUGAAGUCCUACGGGAAAAUGCCACGCCAGAUUCAGAUACUCGACAUGAAAUCGAAGCAAUUGUUCGUCGCGACGACGCCGAUAUCGACUUCCUUGACAGGGAAAUAUCCAAGCUCCAAACAACCCUCCUUGAUCUUCAGCGUCGGCGCCAAGCGAUUCAGGUGCACGUCGAUCGUAACAAAGCACUUUUAGCUCCCAUUCGCCGCCUCCCUGUGGAGAUCCUAUGGCGCAAAGUUGACCUCAACGUCGUCGCUUUGCCCGCGCUUGCCCCAAGGGAAAGAUUCCUUAUCUUCAUGCGCUUCGUCAACCUUGCCCACAAUCAGUCGGGAACACGCCCGGUUUGCAUGUCCAUCACUCCUCAAUUAAACUUAUGCAUGAGGGAUUUCAAAGAAUUACAAAACCUUUUUCCUAUCUUGAAAGGAAUGGCUUCAAAUUUUUCUGGUCAUUGGGAUGAGUUAUCAAUCGACAUCGAAAUGUUUAAGCUCAUAAAGGGCCCGGAGGUAAAGACCUUCUCCAACCUCAAACGCCUUACACUCUCGGCCAGUCUACGAAUCUUUGCACGCUGUUGUCUUCCGCACAACCUUUCUCAACUUACUCAUCUCACAAUAAUAAAUUGCUUCUCACCCGUCACUCGAUUGGUCAAUAUGCCCUGGUCCCAGAUCACGCAUUUUGAAUCACAAAAUGUUCCUAUCAACUAUCUUGGUCCUGCUUUGGGCCAAAUGUCGGCCCUCACACAUGCUCACAUCUCUGCUCUUGGGUCAUAUGAAGGCGCAUCAUUGCAACCAAGCUCUUUACCGCACCUCAGAGACUUGACGCUUUCAUGUUCCCAUGCCGCUAUUUCCGAAAUUGCAGGAUCGUUGACAACCCCCAGCUUAUCCCGGCUUCGAGCCAUCAUCCCACCAGGUCCUGACGAGCCUCAGUUUCAUUCACUGGGGCUGACUUUGAGAGCCCUCAUAGAUCGGUCCUCUGCACCAAUAGCCCAUCUCGGACUACAACACAUUUCCGCGGAAGCCAUGAAGGACACAUUUGAAGGACUUCCGUCGGUUGAAUCACUUGACCUCUCCAUCCGAGAGGACUCUGAUGCUCUGAACCUGAUCAUGAAUGAGCUUGCGUGGAAGACACUUUACAACAACUCGCCUGAGUCAGAUGUCCCCAAUCUCCUCCCCAACCUGCAAUUGUUAACAAUACGGAAAACAAGUUUGAGUGGUACCCUUCCUGGUAUCAUUCAAAUGCUCUGUUCUCGGCUGAACACCGAACUUAUUACGUUGGGGCUACAUCCACCCCCCGCUCGUCUCCGUAAAGUCUGCUUUCGGAGUGUGGAUUCCGUUCCAUUGUUGCUUCAGCUACGUCAGCUGGGCGUUGCUGUUGAUUGCAUACAUGAAUUGAGAGGAGCAGACUUACAGCAGCUCACUAUUGACGUCGCGAUGUAA